ACGGUCACACUGGCGUACGGGCGAAAAUAAAAUAGUCGAGUAAAAUAGAGUUUCGAGUGCCACAAAUUCCGACCCACUGACGUAUGAGAGUGCAUUUAUCGGCCGCACUUAAUCAUUCCGGGCUAGUGCAAAAAGCGUACGCGGACCCCCAAAAGCCGCGAUUUUACAAUCCAACCAUUCGAUCAAAUCGACAUUUGUGUCUGGUAUAACCACAAAAUUUUCACUGCAUCUACUGAGCCGCCCCCAACCCAAUUUUCGCGAGUGCGACGGAAGAGUCGGAAAAUCAGGCAAAAGAAUCGUAGCACCACAGAGUUCCGGAGUUAGUAUAGACCCAAGGAGGAGAGUACCAGUACCAGAUAGUGCCGGAAAGGGGAGUGCAGUGCUGUGACUCGCGGACCAUCCACGUAAACAGCUGCAUGCGCAGAGGUCGCGCCCAGAGCUCCAGAGCAAUCUUCGCCAGAAAGAGCCAACUCCGCCCGUAAGCGAUGUCCGCGGAACGCGAAAUUCCCGCCGAGGAUAGCAUCAAGGUGGUCUGCCGUUUCCGACCGCUGAACGAUAGCGAGGAGAAGGCCGGCUCCAAGUUCGUGGUCAAGUUUCCCAACAAUGUGGAGGAGAACUGCAUAUCCAUAGCGGGCAAGGUAUAUCUGUUCGACAAGGUCUUCAAGCCGAACGCCUCCCAGGAGAAGGUCUACAAUGAGGCGGCCAAGUCCAUCGUCACCGACGUCCUGGCCGGUUACAAUGGAACGAUAUUCGCCUAUGGUCAGACGUCCUCCGGAAAGACGCACACGAUGGAGGGCGUCAUCGGGGACUCCGUGAAGCAGGGCAUCAUACCACGCAUCGUCAACGACAUCUUCAACCACAUCUACGCCAUGGAGGUGAACCUGGAGUUCCACAUCAAGGUCUCCUACUACGAGAUCUACAUGGACAAGAUCCGGGAUCUGUUGGACGUCUCCAAGGUGAACCUCAGCGUGCACGAGGACAAGAACCGGGUGCCGUACGUGAAGGGCGCCACGGAGCGGUUCGUCUCCUCGCCGGAGGAUGUAUUCGAGGUGAUCGAGGAGGGCAAAUCCAAUCGCCACAUCGCGGUGACAAACAUGAACGAGCACUCUUCGCGAUCCCACUCAGUAUUCCUCAUCAACGUAAAGCAGGAGAAUUUGGAGAACCAGAAGAAGCUUUCCGGCAAACUUUACCUGGUCGAUUUGGCCGGUUCCGAAAAGGUUUCCAAGACAGGAGCCGAGGGCACGGUCCUCGAUGAAGCCAAGAACAUCAACAAGUCGCUGUCGGCCUUGGGCAACGUAAUCUCCGCCCUGGCGGACGGCAACAAAACGCACAUCCCUUACCGCGACUCCAAACUCACGCGCAUUCUGCAGGAGUCGCUGGGAGGCAACGCACGCACAACCAUCGUCAUCUGCUGCUCCCCGGCCAGCUUCAACGAAUCGGAGACCAAAUCUACUUUAGACUUCGGUCGACGAGCCAAGACCGUGAAGAACGUGGUCUGCGUGAACGAGGAGCUCACUGCCGAGGAAUGGAAGCGACGCUACGAGAAGGAGAAGGAAAAGAACGCCCGGCUCAAGGGCAAGGUUGAGAAGCUGGAGAUUGAGCUGGCGCGCUGGAGGGCUGGUGAAACUGUUAAGGCGGAGGAGCAAAUCAACAUGGAGGAUCUCAUGGAGGCAAGCACGCCCAAUCUGGAAGUGGAGGCAGCCCAAGCGGCGGCGGCGGAGGCGGCUUUGGUCGCCCAGCGAACUGCCCUCGCCAACAUGUCCGCUUCGGUGGCCGCAAAUGAGCAGGCCAGGUUGGCCACGGAAUGCGAGCGACUGUACCAGCAGCUGGACGACAAGGACGAGGAGAUCAACCAGCAGAGCCAGUAUGCCGAGCAGCUCAAGGAGCAGGUGAUGGAGCAGGAGGAGCUCAUCGCCAACGCACGGCGGGAGUAUGAGACUCUGCAGUCGGAGAUGGCGCGAAUCCAACAGGAGAACGAGUCCGCCAAGGAAGAGGUCAAGGAGGUGCUCCAAGCUCUCGAGGAGCUGGCUGUAAACUACGACCAGAAGUCCCAGGAGAUCGACAACAAGAACAAGGAUAUCGACGCCCUCAACGAGGAGCUGCAGCAGAAGCAGUCUGUGUUCAGCGCCGCGUCCACGGAGCUGCAGCAGUUGAAGGACAUGUCCACGCACCAAAAGAAGCGCAUCACCGAAAUGCUGACCAAUCUGCUGCGCGACCUCGGCGAAGUGGGCCAGGCCAUCGCCCCCGGAGAGUCCGGCAUCGACCUCAAGAUGAGUGCUCUUGCUGGCACGGAUGCCAGCAAGGUGGAGGAGGACUUCACCAUGGCUCGCUUGUACAUUAGCAAGAUGAAGACGGAGGCCAAGAACAUUGCCCAGCGGUGCUCCAACAUGGAGGCCCAGCAGUCGGACUCCAACAAGAAGAUCUCCGAGUACGAGAAGGACCUGGGCGAGUACCGUCUACUCAUCUCGCAACACGAGGCACGCAUGAAGUCGCUGCAGGAAUCGAUGCGCGAGGCGGAGAACAAGAAGCGCACCCUCGAGGAGCAAAUCGAUUCGCUACGCGAGGAGUGCGCCAAACUGAAGGCCGCCGAGCACGUGUCCGCCGUCAAUGCCGAGGAGAAACAGCGGGCGGAGGAGCUGCGCUCCAUGUUCGACUCCCAGAUGGACGAGCUACGCGAAGCCCACACCCGCCAGGUGUCCGAGCUGCGGGACGAGAUCGCCGCCAAGCAGCACGAAAUGGACGAGAUGAAGGAUGUCCAUCAGAAGCUGCUCUUGACACACCAACAGAUGUCGGUCGACUACGAGAAGGUGCGCCAGGAGGAGGCCGAGAAGUCCAGCGAGCUGCAGAACAUCAUUCUCACCAACGAGCGUCGCGAACAGGCCCGCAAGGACCUCAAGGGCCUGGAGGACACUGUGGCCAAGGAGCUGCAGACGCUGCACAACCUGCGCAAGCUUUUCGUUCAGGAUCUACAGCAACGAAUCCGCAAGAACGUGGUAAACGAGGAGAGCGAGGAGGAUGGCGGAUCCCUCGCCCAAAAGCAGAAGAUCUCCUUCCUGGAGAACAACCUCGACCAGCUGACCAAGGUGCACAAGCAGUUGGUGCGGGACAACGCCGAUCUGCGGUGCGAGCUGCCCAAGCUGGAGAAGCGUCUGCGCACGACCAUGGAGCGGGUGAAGGCUCUGGAGACGGCGCUCAAGGAGGCGAAGGAGGGCGCCAUGCGGGAUCGCAAGCGCUACCAAUACGAGGUGGACCGCAUCAAGGAGGCUGUGCGACAGAAGCAUCUGGGCAGACGCGGCCCGCAGGCUCAGAUCGCCAAGCCCAUCCGCGCCGGCCAGGGUGCGAUCGCCAUUCGUGGUGGUGGUGCCGUCGGCGGAGGAGCGCCGCUGGCCCAGGCUAGUGCUGUCAACUCGUAGAUCCGAUCACCACCCGUCGCCGCCCAGUUCAGCUCCGCUUUAAACUAAACUAAAUGGAUUACGUUAUACAUACUUAACAUAACUGAUAAUUGCCUUCGCUUAGAUGAGAUGUCGUGUCGCGAUCAUGUGCAGCGCUUUAAAUAUACAUACAUAUAAUUUAAUUAAAUAAAUGAGAGGAAACCGGAAAUUAACUAAAUUUUACAAACCGAAAAUAAUAAAACCCACAGAUAUGUAAGGACAUCUAUGUACGUUAAGAGUAUUUAUAAACUUUUCAAACAUAAACCUAAAUAAAAGUCGCAGACAAAUUAA